AUGGCAUCAAAAUUGUUUGUCCUUCUUUUUACUAUUAUUUCUUGUCAUCAAUUAUGGACCAUUCGAGCAGAGUCAGCGGUUACAAUUAAUGCAGAAAAUGUAGCAUCAAGUAUCGAUGAUAAAAAAGCAAUCAAUGAUUUUCAAGAUCGAUGUUCAAGCAGAAAAUGCCGUGAAGAUGAAACAUGCGUUUUAAAUCAAGAUGGUGAUGCUGAAUGUGCUUGUAUUGCAGAAUGUGAAGAUCCAAAAGAUGAGCGUUUAAUGGUUUGCACAACAGCUAAUCAUACAUAUACAUCUGAUUGUGAAUUCUAUCAAAUGCAAUGUUGGUGUCGAAAAAAUGAUCAACGUUGUACAAGAAAAGAAGCUUUAACAGAUAUUAUUGAUUAUUUCGGACAAUGUCAAAAUCUUGGUGUUUGUACGGAAUUUGAAUUAGAAGUUUUUCCUAAACGAAUGACAAUUUGGCUUGGUGAAAUCCUUGAUGCAUUGUUUGUUCGCAAAGGUCUUGAUUCUAAAUACGAAACAUUAGUGAAUGAAGCACGUAAAAUGAAAUUAUCAAAUACAGAAAAAUGGUGGCGAAAUGCUGUACUAUGGGAAUUUUGUGAACUUGAUCGAACACAUGAUAAUUCGGUAAACAAGGAAGAAUUAUCUCGUUUUGUUCGAUCCCUUAAAGUUCUUGAACAUUGUAUUCAACCAUUUUUGAAUCAUUGCGAUACAAGUAAUGAUAAUAAAAUUUCAGCUGAUGAGUGGGGUUUAUGUCUUGGUCUUGACAAAGGCGAUGUGGAUUCCUUGAAGACCUUUUGUUCACAUUAA